AUGUUGCCCAUCUUCUCUCUUCUUCUCCUGCUGAGUCUUGCCCACGCAGCUCCUCAAGUUAGCUACAAGGCCGAUGAUUGCGAGACCGCGUCAACUGCUCUGCCGGUCACAUUCACCAUCCUGGCGCCUACGCACACCAUUGGAUUUGACGGAACUCAGAAAGCCUGCGGUGUGCUCACUGCCGUGAGCUCUGCAAUGGGCCUGCCGAAAGAGUCGUUUUCACAAGGCUCGCUCCAGCAGCAUUCCACGGGUGCAUCAGUUUUCCCCGUGUCUAGUCAAAGCACACAGGCGAUCUCGUACUGUGCUUCGGGAACUUGUCUGUCGCUCGCCACCAAAUCGGCUCCAAUUCAUAGCGUGACCGUAGCACCCGGGCUCAGCAUGGUGGAUGCCAGCCCGGUUGUUCCUGCUGCAACCUCAUCAGGAUCGCCAGCGAAAAUCAGUCAUGCCGAGACGUCUUCCAUCAAUCGUCUCCCGCAGCCAACUUCAGCUCGGACUACCGGAAGUGAACCGACUCUCACUCCCGUAGGAAUCUCUGCCGCUGUGCAACCUCAAGUCGUCAGCCUCUUGGUCUUGGCAAUGUUGCUCAUUUUUACUCUCUUGCUGGCAUAG